AUGACAACUUUAGAUAAGAAAAAUCCUACUGAGAAAAUACACAGACAGUGGUCAAUUGAGAAUGAGAUAAAGUUGUUCAGCUUAUUAUGUGAUUAUAAACCCGCUGGUAAAAAGAAGCAACAAAAUAUUGAAGUCAUAAUCAAGAAUAUUAACGAGUCUUUAGACUCUAAUGAAGAGCCUUUUAGCGAAUAUGAUGUGUGGAAUAAAUUGAGAUCUUUAUAUGAUCUAGAGAAGAUUGGCCAGAUCGAGGAAUUACUGAAUGAAAACACCAGCACAGAUGAAAAUACAAAUCAAACUCUGGAACGACCUGCAAGUAUCACGAAGGACACUAAAAAUACUAAAAACACUCUGAAUGCAAAAGAUGUAAUUCAAGAUAAGAAAGAGAUGGGUCAAGAGAGAUCGGGAUCAACAUCAUCAUUGUCUACCCCAGAACCACCGCAAAGAAGAACUAGAAGUGCCCGGGAGACAACAAAGUCGAAACUUAAUUCGCGUGAUACCCCUAAAGAAAAGCCACAACAUAAUGAUGAAAAGACGACUUUGGACGGUACCGAAAAAUCAAAAGUGGAAGUAAGUAGUACAAGUGAUCAUACAGACGAUCAAUCACCAACGUCGGGACGAAUAAAAAAGAGUUCAGAUGAGCUGUUAGGUGGCAAUAUGAGUGAUAAUGACAAUGUAAACAAAGCUAAGGGGAAUGAGAAAACAGCUAAAAUCAAAGAAGAAAACAUUUCUGAACAAGAAGAAGAAAAUGUUGGCGGAGAUGAAAAGGCAAACAAAAACAAAGACACUAAUGAAGACGAGGAUGAAGAAGAUGUUGAAGUAAUUGAGGAGAGUGAUACUGAUAAGGAAAAUGAAUCCAGCUCAGAAGAAUCAUCACCUGAACCAAUGACUAAACGAACAAGACAAAGAACAAGAUCUGCUCAUGAAAAGCCUGCAUCAUCCAAUAUCAAGACGAGAACAAGACAGAGCGUCAAGUUUGACGACAAGUCUUCAGAGCCCUCACCAACGGUUACAGAUGCCGGUUCUAGAAAAAGACGAGCUCAACCAGGAUCAGUAUCUCCUCCACAUCCUCCUAAAACACGAAGGAGGACAAGAUCAGUAGCACAUGAAGAAGAAGAGGAUGAUGCUACAACACACAGCACUGACGAGGCUGAACCAGAAAUAAUCAAGAUGGAAACGAGACAAACAACAAGAAGGUCUAGUCGAAUACUGACAGAAUCCUCAACAUCAACAUCAACACCAAACAUCAAAGUAAGACGUAGUAGUCGUAAAAGGUAA